GAAAAGCUCUUUCUAACGAAAUUAUUAUUCAGCAGCAACGACUUUUAUUUUAAAGUCAAUUAAAAGUUAGAGGUCAGGAUGCGCUUUGCUCACACUGUGCGUCAUGUACUUGUAAAUAGCAACUAGACUUGAAAAGAACAGGCGAUUUAUAUCCCUCGAUUUUCUCCUUAAACUGCACUGCAAGGUGUGACAAUGCUUCCUGCAUUCACGAGCCUCAGACACUUUUCCACAACUACGGUGAGGAGAGCAGCGUCUGAGUUCCGAAUGACUGUCCCGUGGGGAGAGAUGAGAGGUCAGGUUUGGGGUCCUUCUAAUGGUCGUCCCGUGCUGUGCUUGCACGGUUGGGCUGACAACUGCGGGACAUUCAGUACCCUGAUUCCAUUGCUUCCUAAAGACUGGAGAUUCGUAGCCAUUGACUUUCCAGGUCACGGUCUCUCGUCUCAUAGGCCUGAUGGGUGCCUUUACACCUUCCCUUUGUAUGUGGCAGAUGUUCGGCGAGUUGUUGAAGCUCUUCAGUGGAAGCAGUUCUCUAUCAUUGGACAUAGUAUGGGUGGGAAUGUGGCAGGAAUAUUUAGUGCCUUGUACCCAGAGAUGGUUGAUGCUGUAGUUCUCUUGGACACUUAUGGAUUCCUCCCAACACAAAUGACUGACAUGUUCAAGAACAUGAGGAAAGGGAUUAACGAUCAAAUCCACUAUGACAACAAGACGGAUGAGAGGAAAGAGAGGGUGUACACGUAUGAGAAAGCCAAAGAAAGAUUGAAGGCUGCAAACCCUUCCCUUUCCGAUCAGUCUGCAGACAUUCUGUUAGAGCGAGCUAUCAGAGAAGUUGAGGGAGGAUUUGUAUUCACCAGAGAUUUCAGGAUCAACCUGAAAAACAUUGUGAAUAAUAAUAUUGAACAGUGCCUUCACAUGUUGUCACUAGUUAAAGCCAGAGUGAUGCUAUUGCUGGCAAAAGAUGGUAUAUUCAAAACGUUUACUCUACCUAAUGGAUAUGGUGAUAUGAUUCAGAAGAGCUGGACUGAUCAAAAAGCCACCAUUCUUAACAUAGAAGGGGAUCAUCACAUUCACCUCAACAAACCUGAGUCUGUGGCCUCCAUAAUCACUGAUUUUCUUCAGUCACACAGUCCUGACGGGGAAACAGGGAAUGAAUCACAGAAAAAUUAGUCUUCCAGAUUAUAGCACACACAUGCCAAUUCAUAUUAUUCAAAUAAUGUACACUGUACACUGAUUAAAAUAUUUACACCAUUAA